AUGCAGGCUCUCGAAGCUGGCUUGCGACCACAGUCGGCCGGCAUGCUCCCGUUGUAUUCGACGAGAUAUGAGCAGCCAGUGCGUCUACAGACAAAGUCCGUUCAAGAGGCGACGUUCCGUAGCACCCACCCAAAUGUGAGUCUGCGAAGCCUUCGCGUGCCUUUGCUUAUGGCAUGCAGUACACCUAUGUUUGAGUCGGUCAUUGGGCAGCCGGUCAGAUCUCCGUCAACAUUGGACUUCCAGAUGAAGAUAUAUCCCAAUCCAGGGUUCCAAGGACCUUCUUCUCUUCAGACAGUGUUGGACGACCUGGGUGCGCAUCUUGCCGUUGGCAACAAUGCACGCGCAUCCAGCUCCAACGACCAGCUCUCGUCCCGAGAUGGUGUCAUGAGAGAAGAUGCCCGAAAGUUGAUUGAUGAAGGAGUGCGACUACUUGACUCGUUCCUUCAAUACCUCGCUGAUGAUGCUUUUCGGCGCCUCUUCUUGAAGUCACAUGGAAGUGGAUUGGAAAGCCAUCUGGGGAAUUUCCUUAUUUACCCAUUCUUCAACAGUCUUAUCAACGAGAUCAAUGUCAUCGAGAACUCGCAGGACCGACAGGCGAGCCUGAAAAUUCUAUCCCAGCGACUCUUCGAACAGGCUCAACGGCCGGUCGAGAUUACUACAACAAUGACCCUGAACGACUUCACAAGCCUCUACACUGGUCCAAAUCUGAGAUGGGAAUCGAUUGGCCUGAUAUUGACCUUGGCAGGCAUCGUCGCCCAUGAGAUUCGUGCGCCGCAUCCUGUCUGCAAGACCGAAGAGGAGAAACAGGCUCUUCGGACCACGCUGGUGCAUCUCAGCAACAAGUGUUUGGCCUUCUGUGACACAUUGGAUACGCUCAAUGAUGUUACCAUGAUCUUCUUGUACGAGUGCUUCCUCCUGGCUUCGGCUUUCUACGGUGAUCAAAGCUUCAGGGUAUGGCGCCGACUCAAUCACGUAUCCAGUGCUCUUUUCGCGCAAGGCUUGCAUCAGAUUUCCAAAGGUGAAAGCCAGCUUCCAUUCUUUUUGAGACAGCUCCGCAAGCGAAUUUUCAGCCAAAUUUACACGUCGGACAUCAGCUUUGCAGUGUUCCUUGGACGGCCCUCACGGCUUAGUAAACGAUUUUGCUAUCCUGCGAUGCCGUUGGAUAUGGAGGAUGCGAAUAUGCAGAAUAUUACCACUGUCGCCUUGAAUGAGCAGUUACGUCACCUUGAUAGCAGCGGUUGGAACACGUUAGGCGAAAUCCGGAAGAGCUCGGUCAUGAGGUGGUCUGUGAUAUCUGCCAUGAUUCUGGAAGACGUUCUAGAAGUUCUGCUGAGCCGCAACCUUACACAGGUUUCGGACAAAGUCAGCGACCUGCGGUCCAAGGUUGCCCAGGCCUGGGCUGAUCUUCCGAACUUUCUCACAAUUCCCGAACAGGAGGUCUGGCGAAGAGGUCGGAGCGGCCAGGAAGCUGAUACACUCCAUCAAAUUCGAUUAUCUCACUUUCAUACGACUUUCCUGGUGGAAUGGGCUGCUUCACGCCAUGGAAUGCACCAGGCAGGUGCGCUCUUUGCCAGUGCAAGCAAACUGCUUACCUGGGUCAAUGCCGCUCUGGUCAGACGAGAACAACUAGGAGAGAAGGGAGCCAUUUCUCUGUGCUGGACUGUGGCGUCCUGUGGUUUGCCAGCUGCAGGCGCACUAGCAUGGUGCCUCCUGCAACCUCCAGCUCAAACAAACAUGAACGCUCAGCUAGAGCCGGCGGCACGACGGCACGGCAUCGAAAGCCUUUCUGUCCUGCUAGCUCACAUAAGCAUCCUGCAGGAGCCUGGCGAUGGCAAUUAUCAGCUCUUCUGCCAGGCCGCCACGGCUCUUCAAUCAGCAAUGGAUGCCAUUCUAUCCCCACCAUCUCAAAACUCGACGGACAGUCCACAAGAUUUCCUAACGGACGCUGCCAUGGGACAACCGGACUGGUUACUCCCGGAGCACUUUGGGUUUGGGAUGGACUCUUGGGUCGGUCUACCAGAUCAAGGGUCUGUGUUUGGACUGGACGAUAGUUUGUUGUACUGA